AAACUAAAAUAGAGAUAUAGAUAAGUGUAAUUGGGAAAAGAGAAUGAGAAUGGCACUCUCACUCUCCUCCGCUCUACGCGUUCCCUACGCUUCUCCUUGUUUUUGGAAAUCAAACGGCAAGAGUUGCAAAGCGGCAACUAAGGUAUCAUGUGCCCCUCAUAAUCAUAAUAACAAUAAGAAUCCAUUGGUUGGAAUCGGUAUUGGUGUCGUUACGGCCUGGGUGAUGGGUUUUACGGCGUUGAAUGCUGACGCCACGAGAAUCGAAUACUACGCCACUGUAGGAGAGCCUUUGUGUGAGCUCAACUACGUUAAAUCUGGCCUCGGUUACUGCGAUAUUGUUGAGGGCACCGGUGACGAAGCUCCACUCGGUGAGCUUAUCAAUGUUCACUAUACUGCAAGAUUCGGUGAUGAGAGAGUGUUUGAUAGCAGUUAUAAACGUGGUAGACCUCUCACCAUGCGCAUUGGUGUUGGCAAGGUAAUCAGGGGACUGGAUCAGGGAAUUUUAGGGGGUGAAGGAGUACCUCCAAUGCGGAUAGGUGGCAAACGCAAGCUCAGGAUUCCUCCCCAGUUGGCAUAUGGCCCUGAACCUGCGGGGUGCUUCUCAGGUGACUGCAAUAUACCCGGCAAUGCUACUCUUCUGUAUGAUAUUAAUUUUGUUGGUAUUUACUCGGGCAACAGAAAAAACUGAUCAAAUACAUAUAUAUGCAUAUGGACCACACAUGGAUCGGGGGAGUUUCCAGAUUCCCUUAGAAUAUUUAUAUUCUUAAAAUAGAUAACCAAGCAUUCAGAUUGUUGUGUCCAGCUUACUCUCUCUAUGGGUGGCACCUAAAUUUGUUGGCUUUCUUUCCUUAUUGAUAAAAUAGUAAGCAUCUGCUUCCAACCUUGGUCAUGUAAUCAGGACGAUUUUAUGCACUUGUAGGUGUAUGUAGCACUGCACCAUAGAAUACUGAUCACCUGCUUUAUUGGUUUAACCAGUUGGAAUUGAUUAUAUCUAACAACAAACAUUAAAAUUUUAUGACACAAGCGACCGUAGUUAAAACAUAAUACUCUUGUGUGAAAACACUUGUGAAAUUUACCACAUGUUGUCUAAUGACUGAGUGAUGUAACCGAUAUUUAAGAUUAUAUUAUGUUUAUUGUCAGUUAGAAGUAGAGCAGCGUAUUUGUAAACUUAAUAUAUCUUCCUUACUUCAUAUAGUAUAAAGGGGAAAAAGGUAAAACUAUAAAUGAUAAUGGUGACAAUUACUGGUAUGCUUUCUUUCAUCUCUGGUCUGGAUUAUCUAAAAUAGAUAUAAUUCUAAUUUCAAGUAGUUUAGAGCAAUGAAAUGGACUUUUAGCAAGAGAAUGUGGAUCAACUUUUUUGGCACUUGGCAGAAUCUUCUUCCUGAUUCCAGCUACCUCAAGUUACUGUUCCUGGUUAGGGAAGUUGAACAUCAUCGACCUGGAUACCUCUUUUGAGAUUGAGAGUAAUGAGAAACCUUUCCAAGCGAUAUAGAUUAGACAAUUCAUGUGUAUCUCUACAUACACGACAUGCCAUGCACCUUUUGUAUCUUUAGUGUAUAUGUAAUUUUCAUUACUGCUCUCUGAAUGAUAAAUUUAUCAAUUCUUUAUAUGGUAUAUGUCAUCCCUAUUACAUCAUAUGCUAUACCGUUUGGAUCUUCCUGAAACUAAAAUGCAAAGGGAGAAUGAUAAUUUCGGAUGAUUAACAUUUUGUAGUUAAAUAUGUUCAAAAAUGAUUUCUAUGUUGACUUGAUUCGAUUAUUUUAAUUCAUAAAAAAGUAGAAAUAUGUUCCUAAAGUUAUCCUAAUUUUAAUUCUCUCAAAUGUAAAUUGUGCUUGUCACACCCGUAUCCGUAUUUUACACACUUGAAGAUCUUCUUGUAACAUGAUGAUGAUGGGGGUGGUGAUGACUAAUAAAGCGAGUCACCAUCUGCGUAAUUCUGUCGAAUCCUCUAUACUGACCCGGGGUUGCAUGUGCCUUUACACUUUGUGAGGAUCUGGUAAAGGGAGAGGGAAACAGAAAAAGACAAAGCAGAAAAAGUAAAGUUGAUUCCUGCCUCACGUUGAAUGAGAGAAAAGGAUAUGCCUUCCUUGAACAGUAUUGUUCCUGUUAGCUCCAACUUCUUUUGGUAACCAAGUGUAUUUGGAAUUGAGUUUAAAUUAUGUAUGUAUUUGCAACACCAGUCCCAAUGCAGAAGCUAAAAGUUUCUUUUUGGGUAAAAAGAGGGGCCAAAUGCAAUGCCACUGUUAAUAUGUAGAGGAUAAUAUAGUAUUGGAAAAUGAUCGAUGCUUGUAUAUUUGCCCGCAAUGCGAGUGUUUCAACAGUUAUUUGCAGCUUCUUUGCUAGGAUUGUGGUAUUCAUACGUCAGAGCUUGUAUAAAAUGAGAAAAUGAACUCUAUCUACAGUUAAAUUUGGAUUAAUUAUAUUUAUAAAAAUACUUUAAUAUAAAUCAAUAGGAAAUUGAUUCAUAUUUUAUUAUUUUUUCACUUUUGAGAAACUAAACUUCUGAAUUAUAGUUCUCUUUCACUGUUUUCUUUUUCCUUCUUUUUAUCAUUAUCAUAUUACUUAUUUUCUCUUUUCUUCUCUUAUCUCUUAUUAUGCAUAUACAUCUAAUGAGUACAUGAAUACGAUUUUUCUCCUUCAAUUAUAUUAUUCAUAAAACAUUUUUUUAUCUCUUUGUUACAUCAUUCAUUUUAUCACAUGCAUUUCUAUUGCUCUUUUUUAUUUUCUCCCCUUUGUGUUGCAAACCCAUUUGUUGUCCAAAUGCGGUUUCUCAUUCACAUGAUUGUUUUACACUCAAUCCCGUUUCUUUUACGGGAGAAUAUGGCUAUAACAACAAAAUUGACCUCCUGCAGCAAGCAAUUACUGGUUACAAUUCUGAAACACUGAAGCGAAAAUACGGCAAGGUCUCUUGUCAUCCUUUUUAUGCAAAGAAAAGUCAACGCUCCCGGAAAUUGAC